AUGAGUUCAUCGAAUCGUCCAGCAACCAGACUAUCACCUCGGUCGAUCCUGCGUAAGCGACAAAAAUACUUCCCUCCCACUUCACUUUGCCAAAUGCUGACCAGUGGAAGUUCGGAACAGGUCAUCACCACUGUGCAGGCCGCCGGUCAUAACGACGUUGAUACAGCAGUGAAUGCCGCCCGCGCUGCCCUUCAUCACCCGUCUUGGCAACAAAUGCCCGCUCCAGUGCGUGGCCAGCUCCUUUGGCGACUUGCCGACCUCGUCCAAGAGAACAAAGAGAUCCUUGCUACUAUCGAUGCCUGGGACAACGGUGGGUGCCCCGAGACUUACUCCGAAGCGCUCAAUAGCGACCUCGCCGACGCGGUUAGCGUACUUCGAUAUUAUUCGGGAUGGGCCGACAAGAUUUCUGGUCAAGCUAUUACAACAAUCCCUCAAAAGUUCGCUUACACCCUUCGGCAACCGAUUGGGGUGGUCGGUCAGAUUAUCCCUUGGAAUUAUCCUCUUUCAAUGGCUACCUGGAAGCUAGGACCGGCUCUAGCAUGCGGCAAUACAGUAGUUAUCAAAGCUGCUGAGCAGACCCCCCUCAGUAUCCUCUUUCUCGCCGGCCUUAUUAAGCAGGCAGGUUUCCCGCGUGGAGUCGUGAAUAUCAUUAACGGAUAUGGACGAGAAGCAGGUGCUGCGCUUGUAGGACAUCCCCUCGUGGACAAGGUUGCAUUUACUGGCUCUACAGCUACUGCAGUCCAUAUUAUGAAAGCUGCUGCUAAUACUCUCAAAAACAUUACGCUUGAAACAGGCGGAAAGUCGCCACUACUUAUUUUUAGUGAUGCAGAUUUAGAUGAGGCUGUAAAGUGGUCCCAUAUGGGCAUUAUGUCAAACCAGGGCCAAAUAUGUACAGCAACGUCGCGUAUCUUGGUGCAAGAUUCGAUAUAUGAAGACUUCCUUGAGCGCUUUCUGCAGCGGGUUAAGGCUAUCAGUAAGCUAGGGGACCAAUGGGCAAAGGAUACCUACCAGGGACCACAAAUUUCCAAGGCUCAGUACGACCAAAUCUUGAACCACAUACAAGUCGCACAACAAGAGGGCGCCGUUGUUGCUACAGGUGGACGACCAAUUGAUAUCAGCGGCAAAGGCUUUUUCAUCGCCCCAACCGUAUUCACCGAGGUCUCACCAUCAAUGAAAAUCUUCAAGGAGGAGAUAUUUGGUCCUGUCGUCACAGUUAUGCGGUUCAGCACAGAAGAUGAAGCUAUCUCUCUUGCCAAUGAUUCCAUGUAUGGGCUUGGUGCCGCAGCUUUCACAACCAACUUGGAAAGGGCACACCGGAUCGCGGAGCGGGUAGAGGCCGGGAUAGUUUGGAUAAACAGCAGCCAGGACUCAGAUGUCCGCGUCCCAUUUGGUGGUGUAAAGCAGAGCGGCAUUGGCAGAGAGCUUGGAGAAGCCGCCUUGGAAGCAUACACCCAGAGCAAGUCCGUACUCAUCAACAUGGGCAGUAAGCUAUAG